UGAACUGACAGGAUGCCUGAUCCCACCAAGGCCGCGCCCAAGAAGGGCUCCAAGAAAGCCGUGACUAAGACCGCCGGCAAAGGAGGCAAGAAGAGGAGAAAGAGCAGGAAGGAGAGCUACGCCAUCUACGUGUACAAGGUGCUCAAGCAGGUCCAUCCCGACACCGGCAUCUCGUCCAAGGCCAUGGGCAUCAUGAACUCGUUCGUCAACGACAUCUUUGAGCGCAUCGCCGGGGAGGCGUCUCGUCUGGCUCACUACAACAAGCGCUCCACCAUCACCUCCAGGGAGAUCCAGACCGCCGUGCGUCUCCUGCUGCCCGGUGAGCUGGCCAAGCACGCCGUGUCCGAGGGAACCAAGGCCGUCACCAAGUACACCAGCUCCAAGUAAACCAGCGUCCUAAUACAAGCACAUCAACCCCCAACGGCUCUUUUAAGAGCCACACACUUGAUCUGAGAGAGCAACAGCAUCUUUGUACGCUGCGUAUAUUUCAAGCUCGCGUCUCUGCUUAUCUUUGUGUAAAUGGAUGCUCUUCAGUUCUUAACUUUGUUGUUCAUUAAAAGGAACAUUCCUGUAUCCGUUGACCCGCAUGUUUCUGCACAGACUCGUUCAGAGAAACUGACUCACUGAGGGAGAAAUGAAGAAAAUACACAUUCAUUAAAUUACCAUUUGCACAUGUCGAUACUGUAUAGUAUUGUACCACAGUUGUAUUAAACAUGGCGAUUGGCGCGAAUAUUUAA